CCAAAUGAACUCGUGUUACGAUUUUAUAGGACUAAGUAAUUGGAGACACGUUUUGUGAAAUAAAAUUAUUUCAUAUCUUGUGGCACAAAGAAAAUGUAGCCAAAGUUGUGUCAACUUUCAAGUCCUACUAUACCUACCUUUAAAUAUUGUUAUUCUGGAUUACAUUUCGACUUGAACAAACUUCAUAAUAAGACAAUGGACAGUGAUAAGAGCCAAGAACAAAUAAACAGUUACAUUAAAGUUUGUAGGUACUUUUCAAUGGCAGUGUAGGACGCGACGUAAAAGUAUAAGUAGGUACAUAUCAAGAGUGAGAUUAUGAUGGGUGUUUUUCACCCUUAUCGUUCUCUAAUGCUUACUGUAACAGUAUGAGAAUUAUUUAAAAGCUACAAAAACUUCCCAUGAGCUUGAAACUUUCAUCAGUUGUGCAAAAUCUCUCACGCCGUUCAGAGCAGUGGUUGUAUAUGCUUUAGCAGGUCAAUUUUAUUUUAUUUUUCGUAUUUUUUAAAAGAAUAAUGUUACAAAAUAUUUUAAUAGGCCUAUCAACAGCUUCAAUUUGUAUAAUGAUUUUUGUAAAUGAAGUUGAUUCUCAACUCCGAGAAGAAGCCUGUGAAACUUUACAAUCUGAAAUACAUAUAACCAAAGAGGAAUUUGAUGAAUUGGGACGCCUCACGAGAACUUGUAGUGGAGAUCUAUCUGUUAAUAAAUGUGAAGGUGCAUGUAAUUCUCAAGUACAGCCAAGUGUGAUAACUCCCAAUGGAUUUUUAAAAGAAUGCUACUGUUGUAGAGAGAGUUUUUUGAAAGAACGUGUGAUAGUAUUAAAUCACUGUUACGAUCCAGAUGGAGUACGAUUAACCGCUGAAAAAGUAUCUGAAAUGGAAGUUAAAUUAAGGGAACCAGCAAACUGCAAAUGUUCGAAAUGUGGAAAUAAUUGUCAAGUAACUCCAGUACUUCACGUCUUGCAAUAUCCUGGAUGUAUACCAAAACCGAUACCAUCAUAUGCCUGUACUGGUAGAUGUAGCAGUUAUCUGCAGGUUUCUGGUUCUAAACUUUGGCAAAUGGAAAGAUCUUGCAUGUGUUGUCAAGAAAGUGGAGAGAGAGAAGCUUCUGUUACAUUAUUUUGUCCAAAAGCUAAACAAGGAGAGAAGAAAUACAGAAAAGUAAUUACAAAAGCACCAUUGGAAUGUAUGUGUAGACCAUGCACCAGUGUUGAAGAAAGUUCUGUAAUUCCUCAAGAGAUGCUCAGUUUUCCGAACGAACAACCAAUUAGUGGUCAUUUUGUGAAAUCAGAGUAAAAUUAUUUUGUAGGUUAAGCUGUAUUGAAUCGAAUGUAGCCAAUGUAGGUAUGAUUUUUUAAAAUUAACUUGUAAAAUAUUUGUUUAUAUUAUUUUAUAACAUCUUUUGUAUUGUCAAAUUUUUCAACCCAUGGAUAACUAGAUCUAAUAGUAGUCGAUUGUUUGUUCAGCUGAAUUAUUCCAUACAGAAUCAAAAUUAUAAUAACAUUUGUGUGAAUGAAACAAACCAUUUUUUUUUCA